CUAAGUGUAGAACGCCGGUGACGAGAAAUAACAUCUUUUUCUUCAAAAAUCUUGGAAUGAAUCGUACGUUGCUUCCGAAACAUGUUGCAGCUGUAGUGAAAGUACAAAAAGACCCUCUAAAAGCUUUAUCAAUGUUCAAUUCAGCCAAAAACGAAGAAGGUUUCAAGCACAAUCUAUUCACCUACAAAUGCAUGCUUCAAAAGCUUGGUCUCCAUAGUAAAUUCAACGAGAUGGAGAAUCUUCUCUCAGAAAUGAGAUCAAAUCUAGAUAACAAAUUAUUGGAAGGAGUUUAUGUUGAAGCAAUGAGAUUCUAUGGAAGUAAAGGAAAAGUUCAAGAAGCUGUUGAUACAUUUGAACGCAUGGAUUUAUACAAUUGUGAUCCAACGGUUCAUUCCUAUAAUGCCAUUAUGAAUAUUCUUGUUGAGUUUGGUUAUUUUAAUCCUCAUAAGGUUUAUAUGAGGAUGAUUGAUAAAAGAGUUGAAUCUGAUGUGUAUACUUAUACUAUAAGGAUAAAGUCUUUUUGUAGGACAAGGAGACCUUAUGCUGCUCUUAGGCUUCUUCGGAAUAUGCCGUUGUUAGGUUGUUUUUCAAAUGCUGUUGCUUAUUGUACUGUUGUUGCAGGGUUUUAUGAAUUUGAUGAUAAAGUUAUGGCAUGUAAGUUGUUUGAUGAAAUGCUUGAGUGUGGUUUGUGUCCUGAUGUUACUACUUUUAAUAAGCUUGUUCAUACGUUGUGUAAGAAGGGUUUUGUUUUGGAGAGCGAGAAGCUUCUUGAUAAGGUUUUUAAGAGAGGGGUUUGUCCUAAUUUGUUUACUUUUAAUAUCUUUAUACAAGGGCUUUGUAAGGAAGGUUCUGUUGAUAGGGCUGUUUGGUUGUUGGGUUGUGUUUCGAGGGAAGGAUUGAGGCCGGAUGUUGUCACGUAUAAUACAGUUAUAUGUGGGUUGUGUAGGAAUUCACGGGUUGUUGAAGCUGAGGAAUACUUGCAUAAAAUGGUUAAUGGUGGAUUUGAGCCGAAUGAUUUCACUUAUAAUAGUAUUAUUGAUGGAUAUUGUAAGAAGGGGAUGAUAGUGGAGGCAAAUAGGAUUCUGAAAGAUGCAAUUUUUAAGGGUUUUAAGCCUGAUGAGUUUACCUAUUGUUCAUUAAUUAAUGGUUUUUGCCAGGAUGGUGAUCCUGAUCAGGCCGUGGCCGUCUUUAAGGAUGGGCUAGGAAAAGGGUUAAGGCCAAGCAUUAUUGUUUACAAUACUUUGAUUAAAGGGUUGUGUCAGCAAGGUCUGAUUUUGCCGGCUUUGCAAUUGAUGAAUGAGAUGGCAGAAAAUGGUUGUCAUCCUGAUAUAUGGACUUAUAAUUUAGUUAUAAAUGGCUUGUGUAAGAUGGGUUGUUUAUCUGAUGCUAAUCAUCUUAUAGACGAUGCUAUAGCCAAAGGGUGCAUCCCAGAUAUAUUUACCUACAAUACUUUGGUUGAUGGCUAUUGCAAACAGUUGAAGUUAGACGGCGCAACUGAGUUGGUAAAUAGAAUGUGGAGUCAAGGUAUGACUCCGGAUGUUAUCACAUAUAACACUUUGUUGAAUGGGCUCUGCAAGGCUGCAAAGUCCGAAGAAGUAAUGGAGAUUUUCAAGGCAAUGGCGGAGAAGGGAUGUGAUCCAAACAUAAUUACUUAUAACAUUAUCAUAGAAUGCCUUUGCAAAUCUAAGAAAGUAAACGAAGCUGUUGAUUUGCUCGAGGAAAUAAAAAGCAAGGGCUUGACACCUGAUGUCGUUAGUUUUGGCACCUUGAUCACCGGGUUCUGCAAGAUUGGGGAUCUUGAUGGUGCUUACCGGUUAUUUAGAGGGAUGGAAAAACAAUACGAAGUUUGUCACACAACAGCAACCUAUAACAUCAUAGUUGGUGCAUUUUCUGAACAGCUCAAUAUGAAAAUGGCUAUAAGUCUCUUUUCUGAGAUGAAGAAAAAUGGCUGUGACCCAGACAACUAUACUUACCGGGUCAUAAUUGACGGCUUUUGCAAAACGGGAAAUGUUACUCGUGGAUACAAUUUUCUAUUGGAAAAUAUUGAAAAGGGAUUUAUUCCAUCACUUACAACAUUUGGACGGGUUUUAAAUUGUCUUUGCGUGGACCACAAGGUUCAAGAAGCAGUUGGUAUCAUCCACCUUAUGGUACAAAAGGACAUUGUCCCAGAUACUGUAAAUACAAUUUUUGAAGCUGUUAAAAAGGUGGUAGCAGCACCUAAGAUCGUGGUAGAAAAUUUGUUGAAAAAAGGUCAUAUAACUUAUCAUGCCUAUGAAAUACUAUACGAUGGUAUUAGAGAUAAAAGCAUACUUAAGAAAAGACAUCAAACCAGGAAUUCCCUUCGCGGCGGGGCCAGGUCAUCAGCCGUUGAUUAGAAGAUAGUAUCUUUGGAAAAUGAGGAUUCCUGAUCCUAUGCUCGUUUCCAACUUCCAAGGAUGUUUGUCGCUUUCAGUACCUUUUAUAAUGGCGAGUUCUAUGGCUUUUGAAAAUGAAGAAUUUCUUGUGCAGUUCUUUAUUUGAUGUCUAACUUUACUGUUAGACUGCAUGCCAUGCUAAAAAAAUUUGGUACAGGUGUUGGUAGUGUAUCUAAUAUCCAUCCGCACAACCUUCUUCUACACCACUUGGUGAACUUAAAUGUCUUCAGAAGAAAAUAUGUUUAGAAAAUGAGGUUUGUCAUUAGGAUGGGUGCUUUCAAGCACAAUGUUGUCAAGAUCACAUUGAAGUUGCAGAGCCUAUCAACUGCAGACAAAGGUGUACAAGUUGCAAUUGACAGUCCCAAUGGUACAUGUGAAGAAUGAGGAAGAACGACGCUCCAGUGCUCCACCCAUACUUAAGCCUUCACAGAGAAGAAAGUUUACUCUCCAUACAGAACCCAAAUUUGUUUUACUUCAGGGGUACCCGACCAAAUAUGCAUCAUCUUGAUGCCAAAAUGAUAUUUUGCUUUUGCGCACUUUCAAUAAAAAAACAGGAUGUGGAUCAUCUUGAUGUCAAAACAUGCUCCUUCUUUCAGAUUGCUAAGAAGAUUCUGAAGAUUCAGAAAGAGCUGGCAUCAAGAAGCUGUGAAAAUGUGCCUCUUUCUGUUUUAGCUGAAACUGGUAGAAACUAAUACCUAUUUUCUUAUGAUGAUAUGUAUUUUAGUUAUUUAAGGUAGUUCUCGUCUACACUAUUUCUGAUGAUAUGUAUUUUAGUUAUUUACCACUAGAGGAGAAACGGAUAACCAUGAAAGAGAGAAACAAAAGCAACUUAUCUUAGCUUAGGGCCUGAUGAAUUAGCAGGAACUUCUCACUCUCUUUGUAUUUCAUCUACAAUACAGUGAUAAUAACCACAUGGAUGUUUUUUUUUUUUAC